GCCGUUGCCAGGAAUGUUUACAGGAAACAUGGCUUCUCAGUCUGUUGUAGAGCCCCAAGAAAUGGAAGUGGAUCGAAGGGGAGAGUCAGAGGAAUCGGGCGACGACGAGACCAGGAGGAAGAGCAUCAAUGGCGACAUGGGCCCUAAUCAGCCUCCCGCCGCGAAUAAAGAAGAGUCUCCCGUUGACAUGGACACCAUCAUCCUAGACCCAGAGGAGGAGGAUGUGGACCUUGUUCAUUGCCGUAUUGGAAAAAUCGAAGGACUGGAAGUGCUUCAGAAAGCAAAAACCCUUUCUUUACGGCAGAAUCUGAUUAAAAAAAUUGAAAAUCUUGACAGUUUGAGCUCACUGCGAGAGCUCGAUUUGUAUGACAAUCAAAUCCGCAAGUUGGAGAACCUGAACAAGCUCACUCAGUUGGAGCAGCUGGAUGUGUCCUUCAACGUUCUGAGGAAGAUGGAAGGUUUGGAGCAGCUGACUCGGCUGAAGAAACUUUUCCUGCUUCACAACAAAAUCGGCACCAUCGCCAACCUGAGUCACUUCCCCUGCCUGGAAAUGCUGGAGCUGGGCUCCAAUCGCAUUCGAGUCAUAGAGAACCUGGAUACGCUCACGUCUUUGCAAAGCUUAUUCCUCGGCACCAAUAAAAUCACCAAGCUGCAGAAUAUGGACAGCUUACACAGCCUGACUGUGUUAAGCAUUCAGAGUAAUCGGAUUACUAAAAUGGAAGGCUUGCAGAACCUGGUCAGCCUGCGAGAGCUCUACCUCAGCCACAAUGGCAUCGAGGUCAUCGAGGGCUUGGAAAACAAUAAAAAGCUGACGACUCUGGACAUUGCAGCUAACAGAGUGAAGAAGAUCGAGAAUAUUGGCCAUCUAACGGAGCUGCAGGAGUUCUGGAUGAACGACAACCAGAUCGACAACUGGUCUGACCUGGACGAGCUGAAGAACGCCAAAUCCCUGGAGACGGUUUACUUGGAGAGAAACCCGCUGCAGAAGGACCCGCAGUACCGGCGGAAGAUCAUGCUGGCGUUGCCCAGCGUGCGCCAGAUCGACGCCACCUUCAUCCGCUUUUAAACCUGCAGUAUGGUACACGCCGUCCACCCCAGCAUCAAGCAGCACCUCCACUCUCCACUCACCGAAUCAUUCUUGCUCCAGAUACAGAAUAGACGGUGCAGCUUCAAAGUAUGCGCUUCCUUGCAAGUCCAUCCAUGGGAUGGGAAUGUAUUCAUUAUGUAGCCAAUUGACAUAUUUGUCUCAUUUUGAAAGCGCUAAAAGGCAAGAGGGAUCGGAUAGCUCACCAACAAUGAUUUGAUGCGAGAGUAAAUUGAAUAAAUUGAAGUUGUAAGUCAAGCUAGCCCAAAAGUAGCUAGACACUUGGAAGGUGAUAAAUACAAUCAACAAUUUGCAUUUUAAUCUUUGCCCACCCGGUAGAUCCGGCAGUUAGCUUAUUGAAAUAACUCCCUAACUCCUUUUAAAUCUGAAGAUGCAUCAUUUCAAACUUAUUUGCAAAUUUUGUUUGUGUGUGUUAUUGACCUAAUUUACAGCAAAACGCGACAAUUGUCCUCCAGGCUUGUCACUUCAUCGUACAACCAAGUGACACCUUUGUCGUCAAAUAAAUUUUACAAGAAUGUAACGUGUGUCUAUCUCGGAUGGUAAAUAAUUUUUCCCUUUUUUGUGUAAUACCGAUCACAACUUUGUUGUUUUUUUGCUUGUUUUGUUGUCAGAUCUGUUUGGAGUGUUUCAGAAAGGUUUUUACUGGUUUACCUCCAGCUCUGAGAAUGGAUGAUGAGUUUAAAGAUACUGCUGUGACACAUUCUGUAUUAUUUAUUGACAGUUGCACUCAACUAAAAAAAUAUGAGGGGCUGUUUGUGUGGUGGUCCCUUUGAAAUAACUUGGAGAGCACUACAUUUGAUCCCUGUACACAUAUAUACCCUACUUUGUUCAUUUGACAUCAUGGCUAAAAAAAACAGAUUUUUUUUGUAAAGUUAAAAGUUGUUCACAUUUUGAGAUAUUAUUUUAUGCUUGGUUUUAAGGGACUCACAAUGUCAAGUAAUGGAUUGAAAGAAUUAAUGUGUGUGUUGCCAGUGAAUACAAGUGGUUAAAUCAAGUGAUCUUAAAUUGUCAUUGAAAGAGUUAAUCUGACAUGCCAUUUGUUGUUUAAGUAAUCUUACACCACAGGGUUUUGGGACUUGAAAUGGAAUGUAUUAUGCAAACAACAAUAAAUGUAUAGUAUUACUACUUUAUAA